GGAAGGAGUUGAAUGUUAUAGUAGCUAAGCAGACUAGUUUCCAGGCUACUUUGGACCAUAUUUGUCUAGAUUCAUAUUCUAAAACAAUUACUGCUUCUAGACUAAUCACAAAAUCAAACAAAGUGACAAGGAGUGAAAAUAAAAGCGUGACCAAACCAGAAUUACGAGGAAGAUGGCUUGUUUUGGCAUUGGGAAUAAGACCAAAGGCAAAUGUGGAGAAGAAGAGGAGAAGGCACGGAGAGAAGCAAACAAAAGGAUUGAGAAACAGCUUAAAAAAGAUAAACAGCAAUACUAUAAAUCUCACAGGCUCCUACUACUAGGAGAUUGUGACUCAGGGAAAAGCACAAUAUUCAAUCAGAUGCGAUUGUUGGACACAGAAUUAACUGAGGAGGAGAAAUUAAUGCAAUACAUGCAACACAAAAAAGCUUCAGGCAUUUUUGAGACAUAUUUCAGAGUAGGCGAAUACGUUUUUUAUUUGUUCAAUGGCAGAGGUGGGUGGGGAUCCACAAGGAGAGUGUUUCGGGACCAGUCGGCCUAUAUUUUAGUGGUGGACAGCAGCAGCUAUGAUAUGGUGUGUCAGGGAGACAAUCAAACCAACCAACUGCAGGAGGCACUAAACUCCUUAGAGCGCCUCUGGAACAGAAUGAGGAAAAUGGACCGUCCUCUCUUCCUCUUUUUGAACAAACAGGACCUGCUAGCAGAGAAGGUGUUGGCGGGGAAAUCUAAAAUAGAGGAUUAUUUUCCAGAGUUUGCACACUACACUUCGCAUGAACAUACAACACCAGUACAAGGGGAGGAUCCAAGUGUCACCAGGGCAAAGUACUUCAUACGUGACAAGUUUUUGAAGAUCACAGCCAGUGGAGAUGUGGAUAUGCACAAAUGUUUUCCUUUUUUCACCUGUGCAAUCGACUUGGAAAACAUCCAGCGUACCUUCAGAGACUGUGGAGAUAAGUUAAACUUUUGCUCGUCAUGAAUGCAACAAAGGCGAGGUUAGUUUGUGUUUGAUAAAUGUUUGAAACCCUGUAGAUUAUGUUUAAAAAUAUAUAUUUUUAUCUUGCA